CAAUGCUAAAAAAGUUGUCGGAUCGCGUUGAGACUUGACAGAAGCACAGGCGAGCGAGCAAACGCAUCAACCUAUUUUCUUACGUUCCGUCACACAGAAUCGAGCCAUGGCCUUGUAACCAUCCCAACACCACCGCCCCGAUCACAAUGUCUCCCCGAAAGGCUUCUGCCACCCUCCCAUUGGCCGACUCGCCAGGAAAACGCCAGGCCCGAAAGCGCGAGCUUCCCAACGGCGACGACGAGAGCGGAAGCCCCAAUAAGCCACCACAACUGCCCAAGCGGCACCGCGCUGCACACGAUCCGAGCCCCGAUGGCGACGACAGCACCGACGAGCCGCCGCCGCCGGCGGAAAAUGGGAUAGUGGUGAACCCGCACGGCGGCAACCCGGCAGAAGAGGAGGCAUCACCGCAAAUAGAAGCCAUGACGCCGAGCCGCAGGAAACCAGGUAGGCCACGGGGCAGCCUCAACAAGAAGACCGCCACGCCGUCGAGGUCACGGGCGGGGGUAAAGUGGGCAACGCCGACGACCACCAGGCUCAUGGGCAUGGACACGCCCAGCCGGCGGAACCUGGCGGACCGGUCGGCGCGGAGGAAGGUCGCGCGGACCCUGAUCGACCGCGUGGUCGGCGACGGCGUCAGCGACGACGACGAGGACGGCGCCGCCGACGAGAUCCUGGCACGCGAGAUAUACUCGAGCGACGACGACAACGACGAGCCGAACGGUGCCGGCGGCGACAAGAACACUACGGCGGCAGCACUAGCGCCGGCGAGCGCUGAGGAAGCGCUGGUGGCAGAGACACCCUCCAAGAGACGGCCGGGCAGGCCCAGGGGCAGCGGACGGGGAGGCGCAAGAGGCGGGGCGCGCGGCGGGCGCAAGCGGUCGCCGACGCCGCCGCGCGACCUGCCGGCGCACGAGCUGUACCUGUUCCAGAACAAGCCCGGCGCGGCAGGCAAGGCAUCGUCGAGCAACCGGCUGCUCUCGUCGACGCUCGAGCUGCUCACGCACGACGAGUACUUCACCCUGCUGAGGAGCUACGAGGACCCGCACGCCGACGGCGUCCGCCUCCUGCGCUCCAUCCACGCCCAGUCGUUCCGCCAGUGGGAGUUUGAGCUCGAGCAGGGCUUCACCGUGUGCCUGUACGGCUACGGCUCCAAGCGCGACCUGCUGCGCGACUUUGCGACCGAGCUGUACCGCCACGCGAGGGAGAAGGAGGAGGACGACGACGACAGCGACGAGAAGCAGGAGCGCGCUGGCAGCAGGAUCGUCGUGGUCAACGGCCACGUGCGCGGCGGCCUCAAGGAGGCGCUGGCCACCAUGGCGCGCGCCGUCGACCCCACGCACAAGCUGCCGGCCACGACGGCCGUCGCCAUGGCCCAAGGGCUGCACGCCCUGCUGGCCGCCAACCCGUCCGUCGUGCUCACCGUGGUGCUCAACUCGAUCGACGCCCCCGCCCUCCGCAAGGGCGGCACCGCCGGCGCCAACACCACCUCGACGGUCAACACCGCCACGGGCACCGGCGGCGUCGUCGCGGGGACGGCCCAGUCGGUCCUGGCCCAGCUGGCCGCCCACCGCCAGGUCCGCCUGGCCUGCUCGGCCGACACGCCCGGCUUCGCGCUGCUGUGGGACGCGGGCGCCCGCGCCCUGCUCAACCUGGCCCUGCACGAUUGCACCACCUUUGCGAGCCCCGGCCCCGCCGAGCUCGACGUGGUCGACGAGGUGCACGAGCUGCUCGGCCGCCGCGCCCGCCGCGUCGGCGGCAAGGACGGCGUCGUCUUUGUGCUGCGCAGCCUGCCCGAGAACGCAAAGAACCUGUUCCGCCUGCUCGUCACCGAGGCCCUCGUCGCCAUGGAGGAGGGCGACGGUGGCGGGUUCGGCGGGGAUGCGGACGGGGAUGGGGAAGUCGACGCGUCGGGCGCCGCCGAGGGCCCGGUCGUCGAGUACAGGAUCAUGUACAACAAGGCGGCCGAGGAGUUCAUCUGCAGUUCCGAGAUGGCCUUUAGGACGCUGCUGAAAGAAUUCCACGACCACCAGAUUAUCACCAGCCGCAAGGACCCGCUCGGCACUGAGCUGCUGUGCCUUCCCUUCCGCAAGGAUGAACUCGAAAGCAUCCUGGAGGAUCUCAUGUCAUGAUUUCUUUCUGUCAUGGCUUUUUUUUGUUUAUACUCUUCGAUUUGUUCUUGAUAUGCAUGGGUUAGCCUCUCUUGGCCAUGGAGUUUAGCGUACCACAAACAAGCAUCUAGACGGGCGCGUGUGCUUUUUCUUUUUGGUUUGAUUUUUACUGAAUAUUCUCGCCACCCGGUUUGGGCAGCAUGCUACGGCGGAGAUAACGCCGAAACGCGUACUGUUGGUCACCUCCCAUGUGUACAACAUCCCGACUAUGGCUAGGAAAUACGAAAGCUGUAGUAUUUUCUGAAAAGCCGAUUCACCCACCUAGACGCCAUAGAAUUAAGCUGACAUUUUUGCCUCACAUAGCCUCUAUAUUUUCUAUACCUUGCCCUAUGCCCCGCCCGCUUGGUCUAGCAAUAUUCUAGAAAUGUGAAGAGAUUUGUAUGCAGU